CCAAAAUACCUCUUUAACAGCAACCCUCUUGAACUUAUUUACAGCAAUGAGGAUUCUGCAGCAUAUCUGCAAUGCAAUGGAACUAGAACAACUCCUGACUUACUCCUGGCUUCAAGCGACAUCAGCAAAAUAAUUGACGAUCCUGGUUCUGGUCACAAACCAGUCCGUGAAAUAAUUGACGAUCCUGGUUCUGGUCACAAACCAUCAUUCUACCAUCGGCAGCAAAAGCAUGACAAGGAAAGUGCCAACGACUGGGUCUGGUCACAAACCUACCAUCGGCAGCAAAAGCAUGACAAGGAAAGUGCCAACUCCAUCGGCAGCAAAAGCGAAGCUAAAAGAAAGCGGGACGCCCUUCGCAACACUGCUGAUCAGUGUAAGAGGGACGCCCUUCGCAACACUGCUGAUCAGACUGGGAGGGACGCUCUUUGCAACACUGCUGAUCAGACUGGAAGCGGGACGCCCUUCGCAAUACUGCUAAUCACACUGGAAGAAAAGAAGACGUACAAGCCUGGAGAUGACAAUCAGCUGUCCUAA